CUGUCUGUCGUCGGAAUAUUUUUCCGGGCGGAACGUAAGGUAAUCGUUCACGAACAAAGAUCGCUUGUUUUUUCGGGCCUCACACAACCAUCGUACAGAUAUUUUGUUUGACUUCGGUCGAGUGACGAACUUUAUUUUCCCUCACUGUAAUGUAACUACGUUAAAUAUAUAGGAUGGACGGCGGUACUUCCGAGUUACCUGGUUCGACUCUUCCCCUCUCUGCUCUACGCCUCCUAGUCCCACCGAUUCGGCUGGUUUCUGCAGCAAUCUGGCAGACAGUGGAGCAGAGAAUUGUAUCGGAUUAUGGGCUACUUGAAGAGUUUGUAUUUAUGGUCACAGAAAUUGUUCCUCAACUUCUCUCCACAAGGCAGCGGGCUGAACUCAUUUUGGGUCUAAGAGCACGGCUGAUCCUGGAGUUGUGUCGUUCUGAGGAGACUGCUGAUCUCCAGAUUAUUCAGCCACAUCUUGACCGGCUGCAAAACCUCAGAUCCCUUUGGAAUGUGGAGGCUGAUGAUGCAGAGCAAGAAGUAUCUGAGUCACAUUUCAUGCAUCUUGUCCACAAUCUGCUGAGAGAUGCUGAAGAGAGAAGAAACUUUUUCCAGGAUGUCUUCCCAGGAGACUUUGGUCCCACAUAUGACAAAGCAAUCCAGACAUUGAUGUGGCUGUUUCUGUCCAGACUUGAAAAACUUCUUCCCACAAAGACUCUCCAACAGAUUGCGUCUUUGCUCAGCAAUGCCUCAUCUGUUCUGAAUGAAUGCAUGGAGACUUUCACCCAACCUCAGGACCUCAAGACCUUGCUGGACACUCAGAAAGACCUUAGCCAAAUAGAAGACAUUGAUUCUUACAUUGUUGAGAGUGACAUCUUGUCAGCCCUGUGUCUCCCUCCUGUGGAAAGAGUUGUGAUCGUCAAUGAGCAAACGGAGACAGGUGUAGAGAGUGGACUUGUGUAUACAGUUUGCACAGAGAUGGAGGUGGAAUCUGAGAACAAAGACAUGUAUGUGGAGGCAGCUCGUAACUUGGAGUGUGCACAAAAUCAGUGGUUUGAUGUUAGUAGUCAGGUGAAAGCAGAAAUGGGCACUGCAGUGGUUACACAUUCCAUCGAAGGCACUGAGGCUAAUGAGAGUGAAAUGGCAGAUGACCACCAUGAUGACCAAUCAGGAACACUGAUCAUUGGAGAGGAUGGCCAGGUGACUGUGUUGGAUGGAGUGGGAAAAAAGCCAAGCAGACGUGGGAGGAAAAAGAAAUGUCCAGCAGAUGAAGACUUCAAAGUGCAAAGCAGAACAAGAGGCAAACAAGAAGACCCGGAAUUUGAUGUUUUGUGGGAAAGACCAGUACGAAAGAACCGUGGACUCAAAAUGAAACGGUACCUAUCUCAGUGGAGAAAAUCAGGAAGGUCACAGGGCAGUAAAGCUGCUAACAGCCCUAAAAGCUUUGCCAGAUCCCAAGGUUCAACCAAAAGCAGUGACUUGGAUGAGAGAACAUGCAAAGUGUGUGGCAAGGUGGUGACUCGUGCCAAGUUCUUAGAGCGACACAUGAAUCGACACUCUGAGGAACUCCCCUACUCUUGUCCUGCAUGUAAAAGGUUUUAUAAGAGCUUGCGUUACUUGCAGCAACACAGAUGUCCAAAUGCAGCAAAAGGCAGAAAAGCACUGGAACAAGAGACAGCAGCAGAUAAGGGUGAACAGUCAACCAGUGUGACUCCUUGUGAGGCAACCAGUGAUGAGCAGCCAUCAGAUAACACCACCCAGGACCCUGAUUACUCUCCCUCUGCAGAGAGGAGGUCUACCAAAGAAUCAGGACAGAAAACCCCAGAAGGAAACAAAAUAAUAGAAGGUCCAUUCUACUGUCCUCAUUGCAGUGUUGAGUUCAAGUGCAAACAAACUUUUAGGUUCCAUUUAAGAAACAUUUGUUACAAUGAGCAGCAAGUGGAUCCCGAGAAGCCUGAGGAUGUGAAGCACUGUUUCAGGUGUAAUGAGUGUGACAAGGCAUUUAAAUACAAAUCAACAUUGGAUUCUCACAAACAGACUCACAACCCACUGUACUGCGAAGUAUGUAUGAAACUGGUGCGUGACUCAGAGGCCUUAGCAAUGCACAAGGAAUCCCACACACCAUUUCAGUGUAAUCAGUGUGAGGAGAACUUCCCUGUGUUCAAGGCCCUUCACAAACACUACAUUGAUGUCCAUAAUCCCAGUGAACCUUUUACUUGCACCCACUGUCAGACAACAUUUGCCAGUUUGAAGCGUUUCAUCAGACAUGAGUGGAAACACACAGGUUACCAGCCAUUUCAGUGCCCUCAUUGCAGUAAAAGAUUCAGAUCAUACUCUGACCUUGUGGAGCAUCAGAAAAAACACACUAAGGCAUAUCCAUUCCUUUGCUGGGAGUGUGGCAAAAAAUUCAGACAUGGUGUAACACUGACAAGACAUGUGGAGCGUGUGCAUCACUCUGGUGAACCCGUAACUGAAAAACCCACACCCACUUUCACCUGCGCUCAGUGUGGGAAGACCUUCACUUCCAGAAGAUGUCUUCUGAAACAUGACAAUUUCCAUCACAAAGGACUACGUUUCCCAUGUGAGCACUGUGGGAAGGGAUUUUUUGGCAAGGAUGCAUUGGUGAGGCAUACUCUGAUUCACACGGGUGAAAGGCCCUUCAAGUGCGAUGACUGUGACAAAUCCUUCAGAUCUGCAGCAGAAUUAAAGAUACACAGGCGAUACCAUACUGGAGAAAGACCAUUUAAGUGCAGCAUCUGUGAAAAAGGUUUUGUCCAGUCCUGCUUUCUCACCUUGCACAUGCGAACCCAUACAGGGGAGAGGCCAUAUGUUUGUACAGUGUGUAACAAAGGCUUUUCAAGCUUGCAUGGCUUAAAACGACACAGGAGGCUUGUUCAUGCAUAGAUAAUAUUAAUACACCCCAUAGGGGUGGUAAAUGUGUAAAACAACACAGGAGGCUUGUUCAUGGAUAGAUAAUAUUAAUACACGCCAUAGGGGUGUUCUCUUUAACAUUCCCAUAACGAAUGAGGCCAGAGGUAUGCAUCAGCUAUAGAUGAGGACUUGAGGAACUGUUAAGGAUUUGACCUCUUGCUCAAGGAUACUUGUAUGGGUGCUGACUGAAAUUGGGAAUUAAAAUAUGGUUUUCCAGUUGAAGGACAGUUUUUUAACAUGUAAACCAUAUUAUCUCUGUGGCUGUCAUAACUUGGAUUGUUUGGAAAUUUGUAAAAGUGUAACUUUGUAUUUUUACAGAAAUGUUUGCUGUAGUUCUACAUAAGAUUUGUAUGGAUAAAUGAUCUAAAUUCUUUGGUUUU